AUGAAGAAGGUUAUAUUCACAGCAACCAUACUGCUAUGGCACAUGGUUAUGGGCCUGACUCCUGCGGAAUGGCGCAGUCAGUCAAUCUACUUCCUGUUGACGGAUCGCUUCGGACGCACCGACAACUCGGUCACUGCCAACUGUAACGUUAAUGACAGAACCUAUUGUGGUGGCACAUGGCAGGGUAUUAUCAACCAAUUGGAUUAUAUCCAGGGAAUGGGCUUUACGGCCAUUUGGAUUACUCCGGUGACAAAGCAGCUCCCGCAAGACACCGGCUAUGGGAUGGCCUACCAUGGGUACUGGCAGCAAGACAUAUACGAUGUCAAUGAACACCAUGGUACGUCCGAUGACCUCUUGGCACUUUCAAAGGCACUGCACGCUCGAGGAAUGUAUCUCAUGGUUGAUGUUGUGACAAACCAUAUGGGCUACCCUGGGGCUGGAAACACGGUGGAUUACAGUGUUUUCACUCCCUUCAGCUCUUCAUCCUACUUCCACCCCUAUUGUUUGAUCAGUAACUACAAUGACCAGUCCAAUGUCGAGAAUUGUUGGCUUGGUGACACCACUGUGUCGCUGCCAGAUCUGGACACAACCCAGAACUCGGUGCAGACCAUCUGGAACAAUUGGAUUGCUGAUUUGGUGACUAAAUACUCCAUUGAUGGAUUGCGCAUCGAUACCGCGAAGCAUGUCCAGAAGUCUUUCUGGCCUGGCUUUAAUGAUGCAGCAGGUGUCUAUGCUGUCGGGGAGAUCUUUGACGGAAAUCCAGCUUACACCUGUGACUAUCAAAACUAUAUGGACGGUGUCUUGAAUUAUCCCAUCUAUUACCCACUCCUACGUGCAUUCCAAUCCUCCAGUGGCAGCAUCAGCGACUUGUAUAACAUGAUCGGUACUGUGGCCUCUUCAUGUGCCGAUUCAACCCUCCUGGGCAAUUUCAUCGAGAAUCACGACAAUCCACGUUUCCCAAGCUACACAAGCGACUACUCACAGGCCAAGAACGUGAUCUCCUUCCUCUUUUUGUCGGAUGGAAUACCCAUUGUAUAUGCCGGUCAGGAGCAACAUUAUAGUGGUGGGCACGACCCAGCCAACCGCGAAGCCGUCUGGCUGUCAGGGUACUCUACCACGGCAGAGUUAUACCAACAUAUUGCGACUACGAACAAGAUCCGGAAAGCCGCAGUCGCAGCAGACUCCAGCUAUAUCAUGUCCAAGAAUGUCCCCUUCUAUCAAGACAGCCAUACAUUAGCUAUGAAGAAGGGAUCGGGAAGCUCGCCAGUCAUUACCGUGCUUUCCAACGCCGGGUCAUCUGGAUCCUCGUACACAUUGUAUUUGGGUGGGAGCGGAUAUUCAUCCGGCACCAAGCUGAUGGAGAUGCACACCUGCACAUCUAUCACCGUGGAUUCCAGCGGUAAAAUUGCCGUUCCAAUGGCAUCUGGGUUGCCACGAGUUCUCAUUCCCGCAUCAUCCGUGAGCAACAGCGGACUGUGCGGCUCAUCUGUUCCCAGUGCCACAGCGACUCAAACCGCUACGGCAACCACCACAGGGGCAGCCUGCACCCAAGCCACUGCCCUGCCGGUCCUAUUCAAGGAGCUUGUGACUACUGUCUAUGGUCAGGAUAUCUAUGUCUCUGGUUCAAUCAGCCAACUUGGUAACUGGGACACGAGUAAAGCGAUCGCGCUAUCUUCAAGCAGCUACACUUCUUCCAAUCCCUUGUGGCAGACGACUAUCACACUCCCCGUCGGAACAACCUUCCAGUAUAAAUUCCUCAAGAAGACGACUGGAUUUUCAACUGUGACCUGGGAAAGUGAUCCUAAUCGAUCUUAUACGGUACCGACUGGGUGUACUGGAGCUACAGCCACUGUAGCGGCAAGCUGGAAGUGA